GGUCGUGAGGGGCUUUGAGGGACCGUGAGGGGCUUUGAGGGGUCGUGAGGGGCUUUGAGGGACCGUGAGCGGCUUUGAGGGGUCUUUGAGGGCCCCUGAGGAGCUCCGAGGUGUCGAGAGCGGCCUGAAAGGUCAGAGAGACUUUGGAGGAUUCGUGAGGGGCUUUGAGGGACCCUGAGGGGGGUCUCGGGGGCCGCCGCGAUGGUGGAGAAGGACGAGUCCGGCCCCGGCGGCAUCAGCGAAGAGGAGGCGGCUCAGUACGACCGGCAGAUCCGGCUCUGGGGGCUCGAGGCCCAAAAACGGUUGCGCGCCUCGCGGGUGCUGCUGGUGGGGCUGCGUGGGCUCGGAGCCGAGGUGGCCAAAAACCUCAUCCUGGCCGGGGUCAGGGGUCUCACCCUGCUGGACCACCAACAGGUGUCUCCCGAGGACAGCCGGGCCCAGUUCCUGAUCCCGGUGGGAUCCCAGGGUCGGAACCGCGCCGAGGCCUCCCUGGAGCGGGCGCAGAGCCUCAACCCCAUGGUGGACGUCAAGGCCGACCCCGAGAGCGUGGAGAGCAAACCCCACGAGUUCUUCACGCAGUUCGACGCGGUGUGCCUCACCUGCUGCUCCCGUGAAUCCAUGGUGAGGAUCAACCAGAUCUGCCACAAAAACGGCAUCAAAUUCUUCACCGGCGACGUUUUCGGCUACCACGGCUACAUGUUCGCUGACCUGGGCGACCACGAGUUCGUGGAGGAGAAGCCCAAGGUGGCCAAAGCGAGCGCGGGGGUGGAGGAUGGACCCGAGGCCAAACGGGCCCGGCUGGAGCCGGCCGAGACCACCAUGGUCAAAAAG